UGUCAAUAAGGGUGAUUUUGCAAAAUCAGCCUGUAUGUUGCAUCUACAUUAAUCUAUGAUUUAAUUCUGGCAACACUGGUAGCAACGUAAAAAAUUAUUACAUCUUAUAAAAUUAAUGUUCACUGUGGUUGAUUAAAUACUUUGCUAACGUUAAUGUUGGAUCAGGUGUGAUUGUACUACCCAGAAGUGAAUUGUGACAAAUGAAAUUGCCAUGUCAGUGUUUUGUAAACAGUUUUUAAAUAAGAGCGAGAAAUGGUUGUUUCAUCGCACUGCAACUUCAAAUGCCAUUCUUUUCACCGGUGUUGCCAGCAGAACACACAUGUGUGGGUUCUCGAGUCAUUUAAAACAAAGAGACGAAUAUGAUUUGGUUGUAGUAGGAGGUGGAAUUGUUGGAGCAGCGACGGCUCGAGAACUUAUGUUACGUCAUAGAAAUAUUCGCAUAGCGAUUUUAGAAAAAGAAAGAAAAUUAGCUGCACAUCAAAGUGGUCAUAAUAGUGGUGUUAUUCAUGCAGGCAUUUAUUACAAACCAGGAACUCUUAAAGCAAAACUGUGCGUUGAAGGAUUGCAUUUAACUUAUGAAUACUGCGAUGCUAAAAAAAUUCCGUAUAAAAAAGUAGGAAAACUAAUUGUAGCAACAAAUAAAUUAGAACAAAAUCGAUUGACAGAUUUACAUGAACGUGGAAUUCAAAACAAAGUACCUGAUUUACAAUUGUUAAAAGGAAUUGAAGCAAUUAAAAAUAUAGAACCUCAUUGUCAUGGCAUUGAGGCUUUAUGGUCGCCACAUACAGGAAUUGUUGACUGGGGUCUCGUUACAGAACAUUAUGGUAAUGAUUUUGAAGAACUUGGAGGAAAAACCUAUUGUAAUUUCGAGGUAACAGGAUUUGGGGAAUCUGUAGACCCUUUGUAUCCAGUGGAAAUAACUUCUAAAAAUGGUAAAUUAAUCAGAGCAAGAUACGUUUUAACCUGCGGAGGAUUACAAUCGGAUAUUCUUGCUGAAUUGUCUGGUUGCUCACGAGAACCUAGAAUUAUACCAAUCAGAGGUGAAUACCUACUUCUUAACUCAGAGAAAAACUAUCUCGUGAAAGGUAAUAUUUACCCUGUUCCGGAUCCAAGAUUUCCGUUUCUUGGUGUCCACUUUACUCCUCGAAUGGAUGGGAGUGUUUGGCUUGGCCCUAAUGCUGUACCUGCAUUUAGAAGAGAAGGAUAUUCUUGGUUUGAUGUUAACUUUAAAGAAUUCGUCGACGCUAUGUCCUAUCGAGGUUUCCAGAAAUUAGCUUUUAAACAUGUCAGUUAUGGCGUACAAGAAGUUUUGAAAUCAGUUUUUAUUCAUUUACAAUUGAAAGAUUUACAGAAAUAUAUACCAGAAAUCAGAGCAAAUGAUAUCAAGCGUGGUCCGACGGGUGUAAGGGCACAGGCUUUGGACGCUGAUGGAAACUUGGUUGAUGAUUUUUAUUUCGAUUUAGGCAAAGGACCCGUGGGAUAUAGAAUAUUACAUUGCAGAAAUGCACCUAGUCCUGGAGCUACAAGUUCGUUAGCUAUAGCAAAAAUGCUUGCGGAUAAGUUACAAAAAGAAUUUUCUUUAAGUCAGUUGAAUGGUGCUUCAAGAGAGUAGCAGAGUAUCAUCAUUAAAGAAAUAAAGUUAUGUUAGUUCAAAAAAUAUCUACUAUCGAUGUUUAUAUAUUAGUUUUUUUUUAUAUAUAUAAAUAUGUACGGUUUGUAAGAUGAAGCGUUAAUAACAUUUUUAACGGCAAAUCCAA